AUGCACCGCCCACGCAUCCUCUUCCUCGACGCCCACGACUCCUUCUCCAACAACAUCACCUCCCUCCUCGCCACCCUCCUCGGCGCAGAAGUAUCCGUCCUCUUCAUCGACGACCCCCUUCUCACCACCGCCACCACGACCAAUGGAUCGCCCAACGGACUCAAUGACCCACCCCCAUCCGUCGAAAAAGACGACGACGACGACGAAGACGACGCCGCUUCCUCCCGCAAAGCGCGCUUCGUCGCCGAGCUCGCCCGCUUAGUCGCGGCGCAUGGCGGCCGGGUGGGAAGGCUGAGGAGGGGGCUGCAUGGGAUGGUGAGGGAGGUGGUGCAAAUUGGGGAUGGUGGGGGAGAGGGUGAUGUGUUUGUGGGGGUGGGGGGGUUUAGGGCGACGCUUUAUCAUAGCUUGGGUGGGGAUGUUGGGCAGGGGGAGGUCGCGGAGGAGGAGUGGGAGACGGCGAAGUGGGAGGCGUUCGGUGCGUGUCCGGAUUUGGUGCCCCUUGCGUGGGUGGAGGAGCAGCGCGAGGAUACCGAGACGGAGAGGAUCCUCAUGGCUGUGAAGCACAGGACGAAGCCCUUCUGGGGCGUCCAGUACCACCCGGAAUCGGUGUGCACUGAGGAGGAAGGGAACAAGGUCAUCUUGAACUGGUUCCGUGCUGCUCAGAGUUGGAAUGAGAAGACCGGGAGGGUGCCGAGGGUGGGCGGGCAUGGGCUGGCAAGAACGGCGACAACGCCGAGUUUGCUUUCCCAACUAGACGGGUGGCCAACCGAGCAGGGCACCCGGCAGUGGUGGGAGGUGCUCGAGGCGAGCCCGGAGCUGCAUUGUACCACGGUGCCGCUACCUGAUGGCGUGCAAAUACCGGAUAUCGUUGAGGCAGUCAGUUCCGAGUGUGCGGAGCGGAUAGUCCUCGACUCGGCCAACGCCGCACCAGCAACGUCAAGGGCUGAUGUGCGAGGGAGAUACAGCAUCAUCGCCGCCGGGCUCGACGAGGCUUUGCGUAUCGAACACCACGUUGGGGAUUCCUACGCCACCAUCAAGGUUGGAUGUUUUGGGGGAUCGCCCGUGAACCUCACGGACAAAAUACCCCUCGACCAGGAUCGGGAUGUUUGGGCUCUGAUCGCUGCCUUUCAUGAGGCUCGACGUCUGUCCGCGACAGAGCCCUCGUACACUCCCUUCGUUGGUGGCUUCAUGGGCUACAUCACUUACGAACAAGGCCUGAGCCGUAUUGGGGUUCCGCUGGAACAACCGCGCCCGCACCAUCGGCCAGAUGUGUCGCUUGCCUGGAUCACCAAAAGCAUUGUCGUCGACCAUCUACAGCAGGAAAUCCACGUCCAGCACUUGAGUUCCGGGAAUCUGGAAAGGGGCAGCUGGAUGGACAAAACAGCAGACAAGCUCCGAUCUCUUCAGAACUCUCAGCGCAGGCCUUCUUUCAACAAACCAGCAAUGGCGCCGUUGCCCCUACCGCUGAAAUCUCGGCGUCCCUCGAUGAGCGCAUCUAUUCAACCACCUCAAACGAAGGAGUAUGAAGCCAAAGUUCGAAUCUGCCAAGAAUACAUCGCGGCGGGCGAGUCCUACGAGCUUUGCCUCACCGAUCAAACCACCAUCAUCCGGCCCCGGAGCGACACUCUCCCACGCCCUAACACCGCUUCCCUCCCACCAUCCAACCCUCAGAAGCAGCAACAACACCUCCGCGUCCACCCCCCACCCUCACCAUCCACCGUCUCCUCCUCCUGGGCCCUCUUCAAACGCCUCCGGCGCAACCAACCCGCACCCUUCGCCUCGUACCUCCGCCUCGGCGGCGCCACGCUGGUGAGCGCCUCCCCCGAACGAUUCCUGACCUACGACCGGGGUGGGCGGUGCUCGAUGCGGCCGAUGAAGGGCACGGUGCGCAAGUCGGCGCAGGUGGCGACGCUGGCGCAGGCUGAGCACAUCCUGCACGUGCCCAAGGAGGAGGCCGAGAACCUCAUGAUCGUCGACCUCGUCCGCCACGACCUGCACGGCGUGUGCGGCGCCGGCCGCGUGCGCGUGCCGGAUCUGUUGCGGGUCGAGGAGUACCAGAGUGUCUUUCAGAUGAUUACCGUGGUGGAGGGCUGCUUGCCGCCUCCGCCGCCUCCUCAUCCGGUUGCUUUCGUGGGAGGGGCGAAAGCCGCCCGUGGUGGUGGUGGGUAUACUGGGUUGGAUGUCCUCGCUGCGAGCCUCCCGCCGGGGAGCAUGACGGGCGCGCCGAAGAAGAGGAGCUGUGAGCUUCUGAGGGAGAUCGAGGGGCAUAAGGAGCGGGGGCUGUACUCGGGCGUGGUCGGGUACAUGUGUGCUACCGGGCGGGGCGACUGGAGCGUGACGAUUCGGAGUCUGUUCCGGUGGGACGAUGAGCAGGUUGUGGUGAACGGCGAUGAGGGCCCGGAGACCCACGAGGUGUGGCGCAUCGGGGCGGGAGGGGCGGUCACUAUCCUAAGUACACCUGAGGGCGAGCGGGAGGAGAUGUUUACGAAGCUCGCGGGGCCGUUGCGGAUAUUUGGGGAGGAGCCAGGCCGGGAGUAG